AUGGUCCCGAUGCGCAUGGAUAGGCGACGUGCGGACCACCAAAGGCAGGCAUGGGUGCUGGACGACAUUGCCAGCACGUUCGAGCUGGACGGGGGCAGCCACUUUGGCGAGAACCCCAACAACCGUAGCACGCAUGGUGCUGGACGCGAUGGCAACAUGAUGACAAAUGUCGUUGUGAAGGGGAAUAAAAAGGAGUGUUCGACCCGCAAGUACGGGUACAUAAAAAACUCUCCAGGGCUGAGCAGCUCCGGCCAAGCAAUGUUCGCUUUGGCCGUGAGGGACGGCUGCGGCACGACAUACGUUCUCGACAGUGGAGUUGACAGGGUCGCGGACGGCCAGACGCUCUCCGCCACGAAGAAGAGCGGCAUGGUGCUGCAUGCUACUUUAGAUAGUAGAGAGUACGAUGAGGUUAUCCGCAAUGCUUACUACACACAGGGUCUCGCACGGAAUCGAAGAGAAGGACAUCAUGAUGAUUUACAAGGAAAACUGUCGAGGGCCUCGGACACCUGA